AUGGAUCAGCCGAAGAAAGUCGCCGAUAGAUAUCUGAAGCGAGAAGUUCUCGGACAAGGCACUUAUGGAGUCGUCUUCAAAGCUACUGAUACUAAGAAUGGACAAACAGUAGCGAUAAAGAAGAUAAGACUUGGUAAAGAGAAAGAAGGUGUGAACAUAACAGCUCUGAGAGAGAUCAAGUUGCUUAGAGAGCUUCAGCAUCCUCAUAUAAUCGAGCUGAUUGAUGCGUUUCCUCACAAGGAGAACUUGCAUAUCGUGUUUGAGUUCAUGGAGACUGACCUCGAAGCAGUGAUCCGUGAUCCUAAUCUCUUCCUUUCUCCCGCUGAUGUCAAAUCUUACCUGCAAAUGACUUUGAAAGGUCUUGAGUAUUGCCAUGACAAAUGGGUUUUGCACAGAGAUAUGAAGCCGAACAACUUGCUUAUAGGACCCAAUGGACAGCUGAAGCUUGCAGAUUUCGGUUUAGCUCGUAUAUUUGGUAGUCCAGGUCGUAAAUUCACUCACCAGGUGUUUGCUAGAUGGUACAGAGCACCUGAGCUUUUGUUUGGUGCAAAACAAUAUGGUCCUGCUGUUGAUGUUUGGGCUGCUGGUUGCAUUUUCGCUGAGCUUCUCUUACGCAGACCAUUUCUUCAGGGAAACAGUGAUAUAGACCAACUAAGCAAGAUCUUUGCCGCGUUAGGGACUCCAAAAGCAGAACAAUGGCCUGAUAUGUUAUGUCUUCCUGACUAUGUGGAGUAUCAGAUUGUUCCUGCACCUUCUCUACGUUCUUUGUUCCCAACGGUUAGCGAGGAUGCUCUAGAUCUGUUGUCAAAGAUGUUCACUUACGACCCCAAGUCAAGAAUAUCGAUCCAGCAGGCUCUACAACACAGGUACUUCGCAUCUGCACCAUCUCCUACUGAUCCUUUGAAGCUAGCAAGACCGAUUCGGAAGCAGGACGCUAAAUCGUCUGAUAGUAGUAAACUCAAAACCUUCAAGAAAACGUUAUCACCUUCACAUAAGCUUAGAAGAGUGAUCCCUGACAGAGGAAAGUCUGGUUAUGGUUUAAAGGACCAGAGCGUUGAUGUGAUGAAACAAGCUAGUCAUGAUGGUCAAGCUCCAAUGUCUUUAGAUUUCACCGUCUUAGCCGAGCGGCCACCAAACCGACCAACCAUCACCAGCGCUGAUAGAUCUCAUCUGAAGAGGAAACUUGAUUUGGAGUUCCUAUAG